CCAAACUCUUUUCUUAUUUUCUCUUGAUCAUUCAAAUUCAUAUUAAACAUGGGUGAUGAAGCACAGGAUCAGGCUGAGCGUAACCGCAUUUUCAAGCGAUUCGACUUGAAUGGAGAUGGCAAAAUCUCUUCAGCAGAGCUUGGAGAUUGCUUGAAAACUCUCGGCUCCGUCACGGCCGACGAGGUUAAACGUAUGAUGGCGGAGAUUGAUACGGAUGGUGAUGGUUUCAUUUCAUUUGAUGAGUUCACUGAGUUUGCUAAAGCUAACCGUGGAUUGAUGAAAGAUGUUGCUAAGGUUUUUUAAAUUUUAAAUUUUGUUUUUGUUUUCAUGAUUGUGAAAGAAGUACCAAUUGGGAUUUUUGAUUGUGACAGGUUUGUUUUGGUAGUUAAAAUGUAACUACUUGUCUCCUAGUUGUCUCUAUAUUUCUUUGUAUCAAUGUUAAAUUAAAUUUCUUGAGCAAUUCAAUUUGAUUUUGUAACCAAAGAAAGUGAUCAUAUAGAAAUAAAAUGAUAGUCCAUAUUA